GUCCUCACCCGAUGCAUCGCCAUCGUGUUCCGUCUGUCGGACAAAAAUUACUCCGUAAAACCCUAGCCGCCUUCAUUUCAUAAAUACCUCUAAAACCCUACCUCAAUAUUCAACUCUCUUCUCAAGUUCUCGGCUUUCUCUGAAUUACACUUCUUUUUCAGCUGAAAAGUAAAAAUGCCUCUGGGAGAGAGGAAAGGGGACGAGAAGAAUGAUUCCAAGUACUGCGGAGUCGAGACUGAGUUUGACGAUAACAUGCCUCAGCUUCUCGGCCGCAAUAUCCAUGGUGGGUUCGACUUCGUCGUCGCGCCAUUGAUGGAUCCUAAUUAUAGACCCAGCUUAAUGGAAAAUCGUGAUGGUGGAUCUUGUGUGCUGCCUUUUGCUGGGUCAGACUUAGAGUUGAGCCCUUCCCAGUGGAGUAGUCAUGUAGUUGGCAAGAUUAGCUCUUGGAUUGACUUGGAUUCUGAAGAUGAGAUACUUCGUAGGGAUUCUGAGAUUUCUUUAAGGCAAGAAAUAGCUUGGGCUUCUCAUCUAUCCUUGCAGGCAUGCCUCCUUCCUGCUCCUAAAGGAGUUCCGUGUGCUAAUUAUGCCAGAUGUGUGAAUCAAAUUUUGCAGAAUCUAAACAACAUGCAGUUGUGGCUUCGGAUUCCGUUGAAGAAGUCUGAUGAUGAUAUUGUGAAUGGAAAUCCUGGUACAAUGGAUGAAGGACAUGUUGAUUCAUGGGAGUUAUGGAAUGCGUUCCGGGUUCUUUGUGAACUCCAUACCCAGUUGUCAGUUGCACUUGAUGUUUUGCCUUCAUUACCAUCUGUGAAUUCACUUCUGCGUUGGUUUGGUGAGCCUGUUAGAGCAGCCAUAGUUAACACUAAUUCUUUUCUAACCAAUGCACGAGGCUACCCUUGUCUGUCAAAACGGCACCAAAAACUAUUAACAGGAUUUUUCAACCAUUCAAUUCAGAUAGUGGUUUCUGGACAACCAGUUCACAAUCUUCCCAUUGGAAGUUCAGUGUCAGGAGAAAGUAACACUGGUACCCAGCGGCAUCCUCUUAGGGCGUACUUGGACUAUGUUGGUUAUCUAUAUCAAAAUAUGGAUGCCCUUCCUGAACAAGAACGUUUUGAGCUUGGUUAUAGAGAUUACUUGCAGUCUCCUUUGCAGCCUCUUAUGGAUAACUUGGAGGCUCAAACAUACGAGACAUUUGAGAGAGACACUGUUAAGUAUAUUCAGUACCAAAGAGCAGUUGCCUAUGCUUUGAUGGAUAGGGUUCCAGAUGAAAAGGCAUCCACAGUCACAACAGUAUUGAUGGUUGUAGGUGCUGGACGUGGACCUCUUGUCAGGGCUUCAUUGCAGGCUGCUGAAGAAACUGGACGCAAGUUGAAAGUUUAUGCUGUAGAGAAAAAUCCAAAUGCAAUUGUUACACUUCAUAGUUUAGUAAGGCUGGAAGGAUGGGAACAAAUUGUAACCAUUGUUUCAAGUGAUAUGCGUUGCUGGGAUGCUCCGGAGAAAGCUGAUAUUUUGGUCAGUGAAUUGCUUGGGUCUUUUGGUGACAAUGAGCUGUCACCUGAAUGUCUUGAUGGGGCAGAGAGAUUCCUUAAGCAAGAUGGAGUUUCCAUUCCAACAUCGUAUACAAGUUUUAUACAACCAGUUACAGCAUCUAAAUUGUACAAUGAUAUUAAAUCGCAUAAAGAUAUAGUGCACUUUGAAACUGCAUAUGUCGUCAAACUACACCGUGUAGCUAGGCUUGCUGCUACUCAGCCUGUCUUUACAUUUACUCAUCCAGAACAUUCAACCAAUAAAAACAAUAAUAGGUAUAAGAAGCUUCGGUUCGAGAUACCUGUUGAUACUGGAUCAGCCAUGGUGCAUGGUUUUGCGGGUUACUUUGAUGCUGUACUUUAUAAGGAUGUUCAUCUUGGUAUUGAACCUUCAACAGCAACACCAAACAUGUUUAGCUGGUUCUCAAUAUUCUUUCCAUUGAGGACACCAGUAUGCGUGCCACCUGGUAUCCCUCUAGAUGUUCAUAUGUGGCGAUGCUGUGGUUCUACUAAGGUUUGGUAUGAAUGGUCUGUUACUUCUCCAAGUGCAUCUCCAAUUCACAACAGCAAUGGGCGGUCAUACUGGGUUGGCUUGUAAGCCUAUUCACACCAUGAUUUUGCAGAGCAGAGAAGUGGACAUGGUUUGGUACUUUUGAUACUAACGAGGUGAGGUGGAGUUUAAAAUGUAACCUAGAUUAUUGGCAUGUUGCUUCAUAUGAGGCUUCAACUUUCUUUGGUAGGGUUUGUACACAUUCGGUUACACCUAGAAAUGAUGUAUCAAUAGUAAUUUUGAGUUCAUUUUUUUUUUUUUUUUU